AUGACAAUGAAAUAUAAAAAUGAAAUUGAAUUAUCACUUGUAAAACAACGAAAUAAGAAAGAUGAAAGAGCGGCUGAUAAGCGACAACAAGCAAAAUGUUGGACGUAUUAUGUGGAAACACUUAAACGAACAAUUGAUUGUUUAUAUGAAAUUUGUCGUUCGGAACAAUCAAUUAUUGGUUGUAAGGAAGCAUUAAUGUAUUUGGCGAAUUCAGUUCGUGAUUUCGAAGCAUUGAUUGAAACAAUUAAUGUUGAAGUUGCUUGGGAAGACAAAGUAAAGCCACAUUCGGUUGCCUGGGAAAUUCGAAAAACGAUGUCAGCUACACUAAACAAAUCAAUUAUGGAAGGUUCGCAAGAUACUGAUUCUUUAAUUGACGUUUUGAAAUUGUAA